CGUUAGCUUUUAGCACUUAGCUACUUUUUUACUGCUACGUUAGCUUUUAGCACUUAGCUACUUUUUUAGCUACUAUUUUAGCUUUUAGCACUUAUCUAACACGAUAGUUAGCCUGCUAGCGAUGACAUGUGGGCGUGCCCUAAUUAGCAUAUUCAUGAUUAUUCAUGUACGUUGGUGUUUACGUUCAAUUAAAUAAACCGGUUCCUCUGUAGCGUCACGUGCCUGUGAGUGACUCUGGGGGCGCGUCCUCACCGGAAGUGCGUGACUCUGGGGGCGCGUCCUCACCGGAAGUGCGUCACCUGAAUCCAUUUUUGUUUUGGCUAAUCUGUCAGAGAUUUAGAGAAACUUGUGUUUAGCGUGUUGGAUUUUCAGCGACAGUCCGCUUCAGAUCAGCGACAACAUUCUCCGGAGAAAAACUGGCCCGGCCGAUUCCCCCCAUCAUGCCCGCCCUGUUGGAGAGGCCCAAGCUGUCAAACGCCAUGGCACGCGCUCUACACAAACACAUCAUGAGGGAGAGAGAGAGAAAGAGACAGGAGGAAGAAGAGGUGGAUAAAAUGAUGGAGCAGAAGCUGAAGGAGGAGGAGGAAAGGAAGAGGAAGAAGGAAAUGGAGGAAAGGAUGUCUUUAGAGGAAACCAAAGAGCAGAUCAUGAAAAUGGGGGAGAAGCUUCAGGGUCUGCAGGAGGAGAAACACCAGCUGUUUCUACAACUGAAAAAGGUUCUGCAUGAGGAAGAGAAACGGCGGAGGAAAGAACAGAGAAUGGAGAGAGAGAGAGAGAGAGAACGUGUGUGUGUGUGUGUUUACAGUGACAUGACCACACUGACCUCAGCUACAUAUCAGCCUAACAUGGCCGUUCACUCAGGACAGCACCUACUCAGCAUGCAGUCGGGGUCUGUGUCUCAUGCCCGGUCUGCAGUUCUGUUAGGAGAGCGCAGCAAGCAGCUUUUCCAGCCUGCUGUCAUUUCUGGUCGUCCUUUUCCGACUCAGUCCGGUUUUGGUGCAGUUGUUUCUGAGCACACACAGUUUGGUGUUCAGGCAGGUCAUGGGUCAUUCGGGGUCACACAGCCCCAACAUGCCACAUCCUUUAACCCCAGCCAAUCAGCACCUGCCACCUACAGCAGUUCCGCCCACAUUCGAGGUGCAUCAGCAUUCCAGACCGUGCAAUACUUGCCCCAUCAGCAAACGGGCUACACUGUACAUACACACUUCACCUCCCAGCCAGGUUUUCUCCCCAGCGCUGGGAUUCCCUUACAGAAGCAGCUGGAACACGCUAACCAGCAGUCGGGCUUCACUGAUUCUAGUGCAUUAAGGCCUAUGCACCCCCAGGCCCUCCAUGCCAGUGCUUCAGGUUUGCUGCCCACCCCCCCCAUUGCUGUACAGAUCCCUCACACUAAGGCUGGCUUGCCGUAUGCACCCCCCCCCAGACCAGCAUCACCCGGAUCCUUCACACAACACCCGGCUACUUUUCCGAGCUCGUCUCAGCCGCCACGUCACGCCUACCUCUCUCACAGCCAGGCUGGCCAGAGGUUCUAUCACCAUGGCAAAUAAGUCAUAUGUCGGAUGUAGUGGAUGGUAUUUGGUCCCGGUUCGGUGACGUUGUUGCCCCAAGUCCCUCUUACACACCUACACACAGAGUAACACUUUAAAUGUAAAGAAAGUGUAUUUUAUUACAGCUUUUUAUUUUCAGCACAGUCUUGGUACAGUGAGACAGUGGCUUGGUAAGGCAGUGUGUGUGAGUGUGUGUAUGUUUAUAUAUAUAUAUAUAUCUUCCUGUUAGACUGAGUCUGAGUAGCAACUCUGUGGGGUCAGGGGUCAGGGGUCAGGGGUCAGGGUUAGUCAUACAUGUGAUGUCAUGAUUAGGGUCACAUGACAGUUUUGUGAAGACAGUGAAGGGGAAAAA